CGCCUCGUCAAAGCAUUCGCGCCAGUCACAACUAAAGCAGCUUCCAGAGUGAGGUUCUUCUACCUGGUUGACCUGUUGAAACUACUUUAAAUCUUAUUUUCUAGCUAAACCACCUUCAUAGAGCCAUGGCAAACCUUUCAGCGGGGGCAAUAGAGGCUUUAGCAAAUGGUAGCGGUUGGAACGAGGCAGUGCUUCAGUUGGUGAAUAUACGCAGACUUGAUGGUGGAAAUGGGCCCGCUCGCUUUAGGGUGAUGAUGAGCGAUGGACGACACACACUUUCAUCCUUUAUGCUCUCAACUCAGCUAAACUACAUGGCCGAGGAAAACAUUCUGGUUCCAAACUGUGUGUGCCUCCUCAAGAGGCAGGUGACAAAUAUGCUCAAAGAUGGACGACGAGUGGUCAUCAUUUUAGAAAUUCAGGUCCUGAAGCCUGCUGAAGAGGUUGGUGGUAAAAUCGGAGACCCUACACCUUACUCUGAUGGUCAGAGUAAAGGGCAGCAGCCAGCUCCAGCCCCAGCUCCAGCUCCAGUGCCUGAAACCAGACAGCCACUGCAGCAGCAAAAUAGAAAUGAAGUGAACAGGAAUUUAAAUCGAGACUUCAUGAAGAAGGUUCCCUCUGCUUUGCCUGAUACUCCAGGGGGUGGCUCCAAAGUUGUCCCCAUCGCUAGUCUCAACCCUUACCAGUCCAAGUGGACAAUCCGUGCUCGUGUAACCAACAAGAGCUCCAUUCGUACGUGGAGCAACGCUCGCGGCGAAGGAAAGCUCUUCUCGAUGGAGAUGGUAGAUGAGAGCGGAGAAAUCCGUGUGACUGGUUUUAACCAAGAAGUUGACAAGUUUUUCUCUCUGAUCGAGGUUGGCAAGGUCUACUAUGUCUCCAGGGGCUCCCUAAAGAUCGCAAACAAGCAGUACACAUCAGUGAAGAACGACUAUGAAAUGACUCUCAAUGGAGAGUCUACCGUCAUUCCCUGUGAGGACAGCUGCGAUGUUCCCAUGGUGCAGUGUGACUUUGUCUCCAUUGGGGACUUGGAAAACAGAGAAAAGGAUGCCAUUGUUGACGUGAUUGGAGUAUGUAGAAGUGUGGACGAGGUGACCAAACUCACAACCAAGUCCAACCGGGAAGUAUCUAAGAGAACAUUGAGUCUGAUGGACAUGUCUGGGAAGCUGGUGAAUGUCACACUGUGGGGAGAGGAAGCAGAAAAGUUUGACGGCUCUGGACAGCCGAUUGUAGCCAUAAAAGGGGCAAAGCUUUCGGACUAUGGAGGCCGCUCACUUUCUGCAUCCUUCAGCAGCACCAUGAUGAUAAACCCAGAUAUCCCAGAGGCAUACAAGCUCAGAGGCUGGUUCGACAAAGAAGGCCAUGCCUUGGAGGGGCAGUCGCUGACGGAGGUGAGAGGCGGCAGCGGAAAUUACAUGGAAAACUGGAAGACACUGGCUGAUGUUAAGUCGGAGCAUCUUGGACACGGCGACAAGGCUGACUACUAUUCCUGCAUAGCCACCAUAGUUUUUCUGCGCAAGGAGAACUGCCUUUAUCAGGCCUGCCCAAGCCAGGACUGCAACAAAAAAGUGAUUGACCAACAGAAUGGCAUGUUCCGCUGUGAGAAGUGUGAUAAAGAGUUUCCUAACUUCAAGUACCGCCUCAUUCUAUCUGCCAACAUUGCGGAUUAUGGCGACAACCAGUGGGUAACUUGCUUCCAGGAGAGUGCAGAGGCCAUUCUGGGCCAGAAUGCAGCUUACUUGGGCCAGCUCAAGGACUCUAAUGAAUCAGCAUUUGAUGAGAUCUUUCAGCAUGCAAACUUCAACACGUUUGUCUUCCGCAACAGAGUGAAGCUGGAAACGUAUAAUGACGAAUCCAGGAUCAAGGCCACAGUGAUGGACGUGAAGCCUGUUGACCACAGAGAGUACAGCAAGAGGCUGAUCAUGAACAUACGGAAACUUGGCGCCAAGUAGAAACUUGAUGGGUGCAG